CAGCUCAACAAAGAUGACAAAGACAACGGGAACAUCAGGAGCAAACUAUUGAUCUACAUGGACAACCAGGCAGCCAGUCGAUCGACAGCCAAACCGAAAGGAAAGUCGGAUGCAUACCUGCUCAAAAAUAUCGUACAAGCCGAACUGAUAAACGAUCGAGAUCUGCCUCCUGACCGCCUCAGCCAGGUCGAGCACCGACGAAAGAAAUCACCAGCAACACCACUCGAUGUAGGUAAUGAAACUCAGCUAUGA